AUGGCAGAUCCAAUUGCACCGGCGGAAGCAGAAGCUGCAGAAGCAGAAGCUGCAGAAGCAGAAGCUGCAGCAGCCGAAGCAGAAAUUGCAGAAGCCGAACGAGAAGCUGCGGAAGCCGAAGCAGAAAUUGCAGAAGCCGAACGAGAAGCUGCGGAAGCCGAAGCAGAACUUGCGGAAGCCGAAGCAGAAGCGUUUGAAGCUGCAAAAACUGCAGAAGCAGAAAUUGCGGAAGCCAAAACAGAAGCUGCGGAAGCUGCAAAAGCUGCAGAUGCUUUGAACGCGCUUUCAGGAAUAUACAGCAGCACAGAACUGCAGCAUAUGCUUAGAAGUAGCAAGCUGACCUAUUUCAGGCAUGUCUACUUGGGAGGUCAUGUUUGGUGCAUCUUUGAGGUCCGCGUUCCACAUGGAUGGUGGGCCCUAGUGCAGUCGAAAGAGCAGUGGAUCCAGUUCCUGGAGGAGCAAGACUGUCGACCUGCCGCAAAGAACUUCAAGAAUCUGAUGUCUGGAAGCAAGCCUUUGCCUUAUCCAUUGGCCAUGAAAGUGAAAGCCUUACAGCUGCCCUACUACCGGAUCGGAUCUCAUGGCUGGCCACGGGCCAUCAACUUCGACGAGGUCUUCAGCAUCGCGGGCAGCCGUAAAGGGAAGGAGGAGGGCGAUGAUGCCUGGCUGGGAUGA